UCUGAAGUUGUAUAAUUGAUAUCUGUCAAUAAUACCUACUUAUUUCUUACCACAAUCGUAGUGAAUCAAGUAGAAAAAAUGAGAAAGAAAUCGAACUGGAAUGAUCCAUUCCUCCUCCUUCCCAUAAUGGUCGUCUCUGUGGUAAUGGUGUACCAGAUCUCCUACCUCAUCAAUAUUUCUAUUUUUCAAGUACCGGAUAGAAGUCUCUUGAAGUACAAAGAAGCAUAUGACAGGAUCAACAACAGCACCUACAACUAUCCCACACACAAAUUGCAGAUAGGCGAUUACCACAGACUGGUAAAUCAGAGUUUUGAGUUCAAGAUAAUGAAUUCGAAUAGGUGCAAUAGCUCAAUAUUUAUUCUGAUUUUGGUCAAUUCUUCACCCAAGAACUUUGCCAGGAGAAGACUCAUACGACGCACUUGGGGCAAAAGAAAUGGAAGAGCCUUAAUUCUGUUCGCGCUAGGUAGUGUGGUGAAACCAGAGCUGCAAAAGAGGAUUGAAAGAGAAAAUUCCAUGUACAAAGACUUGAUACAGGGUUCUUUCAGGGAGUCCUUCAAAAACACUACCUACAAAAAUGUAAUGAUGUUCAAAUAUGCUAUCUAUCACUGCGCACAUGCAAAAUAUAUGUUGAAGACUGACGAGGACGUCUUCAUCAAUGUGGAAGGCCUCAUAACCUUUCUUGACAAGAAGAUUUCAUCAAAAGGUGCCAUCAACUUCCUUCUCUGUCUACCUCCCAAUGAGAGAGUCAUUAGAUCCUUCAUAGGAGGUUAUCCGAGAAAAAGAAAACCUAAGAAGAGGCACAUAUCGACCUAUAUCGGAAUGUUUCUUGUGUAUUCCAAAAACGUUAUUUUCGAGUUCUACGCGUAUGCGCAAAGUUCGAAGUUUACCUGGAUGGAUGAUAGCCAUAUCAGUGGUUAUUUCUUCAAAAAGCUCAGAUUCCAUCACGUGAAUGCCAAACCGUACAUGGUGCCACGAAAAGAUCUGGUUAAAGUGAUAAAUAGGGAUGGGGAUGUUACUUAUCCGUUCUUUUUUUCUGGUCCGGACCUGAGUUAUUAUGAGAUGGAAUGGCUAGAUGGUUACCUGAAGAAUAGGAGUCGAAUUGUUAUAAAAUAAAAGAGUUUUGUUAAAAAAAAAUAGAUUGUAGGAGUUAGAUUUGAAAACAAAUGAAUCUGUUAAGUGAAUUUAUUGAAUUUUCACCUGUUUAACUUGAAUAAAA